AUGCUCUUGGCCAUCUGGCGAAGCAUGAACCUGGAGGAGACCGCGGCCCUGGCCAAGUCUGGGCAGCAGCUGGAGUGGCCGGAAGCCUGGUGCCAAUACCUUGGGGACAAACAUGCCCUAGGCAGAGUCCUGGCACCUGCCCUGGCUGCCUGUGGCUGCAAGCAUGUACCAAUAGUCAGAAGACGUGGUCUGGGGCACGUGGGAGGCACUUGGGGUAAACUGGAGUCUAUUCAUGGAUUCACUGUCACCCAGAGCCCAGAGCAUAUGCAAGGGCUGCCAGGGCAAGUGGGCCGCUGUAUUGUGGGUCAGAGCAGGAAGCUUGUUCUUGCAGACGGAAUCCUGCAUGAAGCAAGAGAUGUGACAGCCACUGUCGACAGCCUGCCACUCAUCACGUGUGACCUGACCCCAGACUCUGGGGUCCACCUCCUGCAUGUGAAAGACCCCUGA